AUGAAACCUGCUUCGAUGAUCGCUUCUCUGAUCGUGCUGAUCCUUUCGCUCCAGAACGUACUAUGCGCUUGCCCCUACCCUCAUCCGUACCCUUCGUAUGUGUGUGGAUCAAACGAGGAGUAUCAAGAGUGCGGUACAGCUUGUCCUAAGACCUGCAUGGAUCGGGAAGUACUAAUUUGUACAAUGCAGUGUGUGCAAGGGUGCUUCUGUAAGCCUGGGUUCAUUCGUGAGUCUAAGAAUGGAAAAUGCAUUCCAGAAUGUCAGUGUAUAAAACGUACUUGCUUCAAGCAACGGAAUAUCAUUCCACAUCUAUCCAGGAUAGUUACUUCAAGCAUCAAACCGUCCACAACCAUCAACACAGUCACGAUGAAACCUGCUUCGAUGAUCGCUUCUCUGAUCGUGCUGAUCCUUUCGCUCCAGAACGUACUAUGCGCUUGCCCCUACCCUCAUCCGUACCCUUCGUAUGUGUGUGGAUCAAACGAGGAGUAUCAAGAGUGCGGUACAGCUUGUCCUAAGACCUGCAUGGAUCGGGAAGUACUAAUUUGUACAAAGCAGUGUGUGCAAGGGUGCUUCUGUAAGCCCGGGUUCAUUCGUGAGUCUAAGAAUGGAAAAUGCAUUCCAGAAUGUCAGUGUCCAUAUUACAUGUCAAUGAAAUAG